CUAAACACCGAUUACAUUUAGGACAAUUUUGGUCAUUUUCUCCUUGACAAACCACCAUACAAAGAUUCACUUGGUGAUGAUGUUGGUCUCCAAAGGGUUAUGGCCAAGCAGCUCAUCCACUGCUCUGUUGCAGCCAGCAAUUGGACCCAAAUCCUUCAAAAUGCGAGCUAGCUUUUCCAGCUACCCUCUAGCCAGCAAAAUUAUGGUUAGAAAUUUACCAUACUCCACUGAUGAAAGUUGUCUGGAGAAGAUGUUUUCAAAUUUUGGCCAGGUGGCUGAAGUUAAGAUUGUUAGGGAUGAAGUGACACAGAGAUCAAAGGGAUAUGCUUUUAUCCAAUACACUUCUCAAGAAAAUGCCAUGCUUGCCCUUGAUAGCAUGGAUCACAAGUACCUCAAUGGCAGGGUUAUUUCUGUGGAUCUCGCGAAGCCUACAAAGAAAGACUUUGGCAGAUACCCGAAAACUUGCGGACUACCUGUGGAAAGAUUACCGUCCGAAAAUGAGUUAUUGCUAGGUGAAUGACAGUUUCACAACUCAUCACUCUGGAAACAAGAUGCAGCAUCGGGUGGACUUGAUGAAAAUUCUAUUGCAAAAAAUUUCAAUAUUGGGUCAAACUUACAGGACUAGUCCACUUGUUCUGUCAUUGCAACCUGUGGUUUGUAGGUAAGUCCACAUAUAUAUUGUGCUUGUUCUCUGAGGCAUGGCAUGUUGCAUGUCAGUCCAGGUCUAAGUGUGCUUUGGUCAUCUUACAAAACUUGUACUUAGAAUCAUGUAUAUUAAAUCGCAAGAUUUGUGCUUUCCAAUUCGGGUGUAACUAGCUUGAUGGUCAGGUUCUGCUAGUGUAUGUGACUUUUGAACUGUUACGCCGUAAAAAUGACUCUCGUGAUGUAUUUUAGGCUGCUCCCAAAGAUAUGGAACUGGUUCUGAUUGCCCUGGAAAUAAAGGAUUAUGAAA